GUUUAUUUUACAUUCUAUUUACUCUAUUUUGUAUAUAAAUAAAAAAAUUAAUAAUUAUAAAUAUUACUGUAAAGAUGAUGGUGUUGUGGAACGAAUUUUAUCAAACAAAUUAAAUAACUUCAAUUUUCAAUUUUUUUAUUUAAAUAAAUAUUUUUAACAUUAAUUUAUAAAUUAUUGGUAGAAUUAUUAUGGCAAAUACGUUGGUAUCAUUUUUGGAGAGGAGGAAGAAGACUGCCGUGAAGGCUUCGACGCUGUUACAGAAAACUGAGGAGCAAAGUGAGGAGGAACAGCAAGAUAAAGACGCUGAGGAGCAGGAGGAAGCUCAGUCUGAACAUGAUAAUGAAUGGCGUGUGAGUAGUGAUGAGAGUGAUGAAGCUAUACAGGCUCCAUCAAAUUUUGGUCCGAAUCUGGUAAAAAUAGUCCAAACAGUUGAAAAUGGAGAGCCUGAAGACUCUGUAAAAGAGUCGCAGGAGCGUAAAACUCAGCAGAUUUGGCCUAGAGAAGUGGAACAGCAGGUAGAGGAGCCAGUGACAAAGCCAAAGAUUUGGGUACCUAAAUUCCGAGACUCUAAGGGCAUUUUAAGCUCUAAAAAUGAUGUAGACUUGGCUGAAUCUGUUAAAAUGUUCACUAAAUCUGACGUCGCAAGUUUGAAGAAGAAGAAGAAAAUUAAGCCGAAAUCACAAGAACAAGAAGAUGACUUUGCAGUUGUCAAGGUUAAAUUUGAUGUUUUUUCACUAUUAAAAGAUGAAUACUCACAGUUUAAAUCCCAGAAAUUCACCAUGGAUGAACAAUUAAUCAAAAUGAAAUAUUCCAACAGGCAAUUGGUAUGACAUAUGAAGCGGUUUUGUAAAAUGUAACAUAGAAUUAAUUUGCUACAC